AUGGAGGACCCGGCGCGAUUUGCGGCAGUGUUGAAUGGGGUGGUGAAGCGCACAUUCGAGAACGAUCAGCAAAUCACACCUGCCUUCAUCAAGGAGCAGGUCUUCCCCCAACACGAGGACGUCUCCGUCGACGAUGUCGCGGCCAUGUUCGACCGCUGUGUGUCGCUGGUCGGCGAGUCGGCCUAUCACAACCGCCAGCCCGCACAGCUCCAGCAGGCCCUCAAGAAGGCACGACUCUCCACCACACGACGUGUCUCGGACUUCUCGGCCACGCAGCAGGAGAUCAUCGUCAAGUUCUGGACCCUCAACAAAGACAAGCUGCACGCCAAGGUGCGAAAGAACGCGAUGUGGGGCACGGAGCUGCACAAGUUCGCGUGGCGGAUCGACGUCAAGUCGAAGGCGCGCGCCGUCUCCGAAAUGAACGAGCCCGUCGCCAUCGUCGAACUCACCCUCGGCAAGAAGGUCCUCUACCUACAUUUGGCCCGCGGACGAGGGGGCGAAGGAGAAGCUGGUGCGGUUCGAGAUGGACGGGGAGCAGCUCAAGGACGUGCUCGCCCAGCUCGACGCCAUCCAGCACCAGAUCACCGCCCGCACCUCCUAGAACUGUCCACCACCCACCUCCCACCACGCGCGCGUGCGGUCGUUGGAAUGCGAAACAGUUUUCUAUUCGUACACACACGCACACACACGGCAUUGACGUUGAUCGUAUCAUGA